AUGUCGUCGUCCAAAGCAGACCGACUGGCCAAGCGGUUAGCAGACCACGGUCGCCACCUCUUUGUCUACCACCAAAUAUGGACCAACCAAGUCAUCUACUCGCUCGAGCGCUCUAUGAACACACUCCCCUCCGCUCUGCGCAAGGAUAUGUGGCGCCCUCUGCUCACUGCCACUUUCCCUUCGCCGUCACAAGGUCUGGCCGCCUUCCGUAAAUUGCGCGAACUCCGUAUGCUGCACGAACACAACUGGGAACACCCCGAUCCGGAAGCCCGCAAGAUGCCCGACAAGAAAUUGCGCGGACACCUCAUCAUGGACCAAAAGGCCAACUCGAUCGCCGAUCUUGCCUGGGUAUUGCGCCACCAAGAAGAGCUGGGCGUGAAGAUGGCACAGAAGCACGAGGACAACCAAAAUCGCAUUCGUGAGGAACUGCUGGCUUUGGCAAAGGAGGCUGAGGAUGGUGGUGUGCCCUUGCUUGAGCAAUCCAUGAAGGAUCAGGAAGCCACUAUCAACAACAUGAAGCAAAUGCAGCAGGAGGGCGGUCCCAAUGCUCCAUCGCGUAAGCAGAUUGGUGAGAGCUUGGUCGCCCUCAAGGGUAUGCGCCUGAGAUAUGAAAAGAUGAAGGCCGCUACCCAGGCAAUUGAGUCGGCGAAGGAAAAGGCCAUGACACAAGCUGAAGCCCAAGACGCUCGUGGUACCGCUCCCGACUCAAUCUCUCUAGUCAUUGAGCCUCCAAGAAUCUUCUCCCAACCUCCUCCUGAGCUCAGCCCUAAGUCNAAAGGACGCAGCUCUGGUGCACAGGGACCCUUAUACACCACCGAAGGAGUCGUCAUCCGAUGGACCAACCCUCUGGAUGCCGAGUUCGCUCCUGAGUGGCCUGCUGCCAUCCAGCACGAAUUUGCCGGUCUGGCCCGUCACACCGCCGCCCCUAUCGACCAAGAGCCAGCCAUCUCCGUCGAGGAAUUGAUCCAGCGCAACACCAGCCAAAAAUACACCGCAAUGCGCGAAGCCCGNCCCCGCCAGAUCGAAGAGCUCGGCGAGGACGUCCAAGAGAUUGAUGACGCCGAGUAUGAGCGUUUGACAGGCAAAUCCGCCCGCAACCUUGCUCCUGCUCGCCAGUAG